CUUUCAAAGGCCGCGGCGGUGGCGGGGCAAGGCCGAGGCCGGGGAAGCGGAUGUUUCCGGAGUUCCGUCGCCGGAGGGCCGCGGGCCCAGCAGGGAUAGAGCCCCUGCCUUUCGACCAUGGCAAUAGCAAACCCUUGCCAUAUAACAGGAUUCACCCUGCUGAAAAUGGAGGUGAGACAAGCCAGAAACGAAAGCGGAUGGAUAUUCAUCCAGACAGCAUCCAAACUCUGAGCCUUGAUUCACCUCCCAUGGAUCUGAGCAUGUCUGAUCCAACAGCGUGGGCCACUGCCAUGAAUAACUUGGGGAUUGCCCCAGUGGGAAUAGCGGGAGAUCCUCUCUUGUCAGACUUUGACCCUUCCCUUGGAAUGAUGACAGGGAUCCCACCCAUUAAUCCCCUGAUGCCUGGCUUGGGAAUGGUGCCGCCACCGAUCCCAUCAGAUAUGCCCGUGGCUAAGGAGAUCAUUCACUGCAAAAGUUGCACACUCUUCCCACCGAACCCAAACCUUCCUCCUCCCACUACAAGGGAAAGACCUCCUGGAUGCAAGACUGUGUUUGUUGGAGGCCUGCCAGAAAAUGGGACAGAAGAGACAAUUGUAGAGAUUUUUGAGCAGUGUGGAGAGAUCAUAGCCCUUCGGAAGAGUAAAAAGCAUUUUUGCCACAUCCGUUUUGCUGAGGAGUACAUGGUGGACAAGGCUAUCUAUCUGUCUGGUUAUCGCAUCAGAUUGGGCUCCAGCACUGACAAAAAGGACACAGGCCGCCUCCAUGUGGAUUUUGCACAAGCCCGAGAUGAUCUCUAUGAGUGGGAAUGCAAGCAGCGCAUGUUGGCCCGAGAAGAACGCCAUCGCAGGAGGAUGGCCGAAGAGCAGUUCCACCCUCCUUCCCCACCUCCUGUGGUCCACUAUUCAGAUCAUGAAUGUAGUAUAGUUGCCGAGAAGCUAAAAGAUGAUUCUAAGUUUCUGGAGGCUGUGCAGACGCUGCUGACUUGGAUUGAGCGUGGAGAAGUCAACAGACGGAGCGCAAACAACUUUUACUCCAUGAUCCAGUCAGUCAACAGCCACAUCCGUCGACUGAUGAAUGAGAAAGCGACCCAUGAAAAGGCUAUAGAGGAAGCGAAGGAGAAAUUCAAGCUUGCAUUGUCAGGGAUUCUUGCUCAGUUCGAGCAGAUAGUUGCCGUGUACCAUUCUGCAUCCAAACAAAAGGCUUGGGACCAUUUCACGAAAGCUCAACGUAAGAACAUCAGCGUGUGGUGUAAGCAAGCUGAGGAAAUUCGUAACAUUCACAACGAUGAACUGAUGGGCAUCAGAAGAGAAGAAGAGAUGGAAAUGUCUGAUGAUGACACAGAGCCUCCGGAGGCCAAAGAGACGGAAGAGUCGGCAUUAAUUGCGCAAACAGAAGCUCUGAAGGAAGAGAAUGACAGCCUGCGGUGCCAGCUGGAUGCCUACCGGAAUGAGGUGGAGCUUUUAAAGCAAGAGCAGAGUAAAAUGGGCCGCGAAGAAGACACAAGCAAAGACCAACAGCUGAUGAUUCUUCAGCAGGCGAUGCAAGGCAUGCAACAGCACCUUCUGAAACUGCAGGAUGAAUGUGAGAGAAGAGAGGCAGAACUGGAGAAAGUAAAGGAGGAAAAAACGCAGCUGGACAAAUUGCUUGAAAGCCUCAAGGAAAAGAAAGAGGCGGUGUCUGCUCUAGAGUGGGGAAAAGAUUCUGCUGAGCAUCAGGACCAUCCAAACAACCUGUCACCAAUCUGCUCAGUGAGCCAGGAGAAAGAAAGUGUGCUCGAGAGAGGACUCGGCAGCAGCCCCAUCAAAUCAGAGCGGGAAGCCUUAUUAGUGGGGAUAAUCUCAACCUUCCUCCAUGUCCAUCCUUUUGGAGCAAACAUUGAAUACAUCUGUUCCUACCUUCAGCGCCUUGACAGUAAGAUUUGUGCCAGCGAAGUGGAAGCCCUCCUGACGCGGCUCCAGCACACAUUCAAGCAGGAAAUGAGUGGGGUGGGAGCGAGCCUGGAAAAAAGGUGGAAGUUCUGUGGCUUUGAGGGACUCAAGGCAACAACGUGAGCUUGAAGCCAUAGCACAGCUUCCAACGCAAGCUGUUAUCCAGCGUGUGCGGACUACAGAGAGAAAAAGGCCGCCGUCUACACAGAUGUGCCAUUGGCUCGGCUCGCAGUCCUUGAACAGCAUCACAAUGAAAGUUUGGGGCCAAUUUUUAAGGGCUGUAUUAAUAUUCCAGUUGUAUUUUGUUUUAUUUUCUGGGGGGUUUUUGGAGCAGACACAGCCCUUUUGCAAAGGACAGACUUGGCACAUUCUGGAGUCAAUCCAAACACUCCUAUUUGAAUCUUUGAUACUUUUUACAAAUGCAGUUGGAUAAAACACACACACACACACUUUCAUAGCUUGUUUGUACAUGGUUUUCUCAAAUUCCCAUCAACACUCAGGACAUUUUUAUCCUUGAGGGUGAUCAUAAAGUAAAAGAUUGAGUAACCACACAAGACAGACAAUUUUUUUCUUUACAUCUGGCAUCACUUGAUAAUAAAGAAAUGUGCUAAAUGUUUCAAGGUAAAA